ACGUCUAUAAAAAGGCCUCUUGAACGCUGAAAACAUUAGCAGUUCUACCUUAUACACUCUAACGAAAGAUGGUUCAGAAAACAGCGUGUAUGAUUCUUUGCCUUCUUGCUGGUCAGGUCUUUGCGGUUACCGCAACCUCAUACAAUCAGUGUGAGGUCCAAGAAAUUUCGAAGUGUGAUCGUGUCUUCACGAACACGAUUCGAAAUGCUGACGAGAGCCAAACCUUGAUUGAUAUCUACUGUAACACCUACAAGGUUGCAGGUGUUGAUUGCUUGACGUCUAAGCCCAAAUGUGUUGGUAAGAUCAUCGAUUUGCUCCGAUUCAUGGUCCUACAGCACAUGAUUCUCGACAGUAAGCUAGGCCUCUGCCCCAACCCUGAUCGACUGGCACCUUUGAGAGAACUUGUACAAGAUGCAGACAAGUUCGAACCAUGCACUGCCAAGAAGAAUCUCUACUGUGCGUCACGCUUCGCAGAGGAGGUCCGAAAUGGCGGAAAAGCCUUCCAUGCCCUUACAAAAUUUUGGGACUGUUACGAAUCCAAAACCAUGGCUUGUGAUGACCAAAUCUACAAAGAUUACGUUGCAGACGUUAAGACAGCUGGGAAGAAAUUGCGCGACUUUAUGAAGGCAUUUCCAGUUCUUAUUCCCUAAAACUCCCAGUAUUAAUAAGCCCACUUUUAAUAUAACCGGGUGAGGAUCUAGAUAUACGGCUAUUUCAAACAAACUACAAGGGUUGGUGAACGUUUUGUUGCAUGUUGCACGUAGCAUACCAAGCCGCCGAACUGCACUCUGAAUUCAAUCAGAGUAAAAACAUUGUGACCGGAUCACAACCAUACGAAAUUUCCCCAAACUUAAUUUGUCGUCUACAAGUUUUCCUGCAUGGCAUUAUUUCUUGUGCCGACAUAAAUUGACCUAUAAAUAUGCGUUUCAAGAUGAUUAAACAAUAUACAAAUUGCCAAAAAACCCUUCACCCAACUUUUUUUAUUUGAAAUAGCUGUAUAUCAGAUAAAAACUGUYAAAAAUAAGAUAAGCCAAUCUCUUUACCUUGUAAGUCACGCUAGUGUCAAGUCACUCAAUCCAUGUUGACGUGACAUAAAGGAGCUUGUGAUUAAAUACAGUAUUAAARUGAGAAUGAAGAAUUAAAUCUCCUUUAACCAAA